UUCCGCUUCCCUCCCGGCGCGGGUGACUGGGAGGGAGCCGCUCGCGCCCGGGGUCUUCGUCGCCAUGUGGCCCCCCGACGCGGAGGCCGAGCGCGAGGCCGAGCCGGCCGCCCGCCCCGCCGCGGGCGUCCCGGGACUGCGCGCCCUGCUGCCCGCGCGCUCCUUCCUGUGCUCGCUCAAAGGGCGCCUCCUGCUGGCGGAGUCGGGUCUCUCCUUCAUCACCUUUGUCUGCUAUGUGGCCUCCUCGGCCUCCACCUUCCUCACAGCACCCCUGCUGGAGUUCCUGCUGGCCCUGUGCUUCCUCUUCGCUGAUGCCAUGCAGCUGAACGACAAGUGGCAAGGCCUCUGCUGGCCCAUGAUGGACUUCCUGCGUUGUGUCACCGCGGCCCUUAUCUACUUUGCCAUCUCCAUCACAGCUGUCGCCAAAUAUUCGGAUGGAGCUUCCAAAGCAGCUGGGGUCUUCGGCUUCUUUGCCACCAUCGUGUUCGCCUUCGAUUUCUACCUGAUCUUUAACGACGUGGCCAAAUUCCUCAAACAGGGGGACUCUGCGGAGGAGACUACAGCCAACAAGGCAGAAGAGGACGACUCCGACUCCAACUCUGACUCCGACUGAAGGCCUGUCCCAGACCCGGCACCUGAGCCCCGUGGACCUUCACUCCUGCCCCUUAGACCUGCAGGCCCGAGCGUGGCCAGGGACCGUGUGUGUGGGGAGGAAGCCAUAGUGUGGGGGUGCUAUGGGGGAGCGGGCUCCCCUCAGGCAUUCCUGAGCCCCACGGCCUCUCCCUGGGCUUAGCACUCUAAACCACUCUGCGCCAGGCAUCUUGAAUGUUCCGCCCUCCCUACCUGGCCCACAGAUGUUAGGGCCUGUGACCUCUCUGCCAGAAGCAGGCACAGGGACACAAUGACUGAGCCUGCCCCCCUCCCCUUUCCGAGGAAGCACUGACACUUGGGGUCAGGGUGGAGGGCAGGCCAGGCCACCUGGUGCCGCUGCCUCUGCCCGUGCACGGUCGAGAAUGAGCCUCCCAAGAUCCCUUGGUUCAAGGGCAGAGCGUCCGCCUCGUUCUCAAAGCAGGUGCCCUGCCAUUGGGAGAGAGUGGGUCUCGGCAAGGGACCCCCACUCACGGAAACCACAUCUCCAACAGGCCUGAGUCCCAAGCUGAGUAGCUCUGAAGAGGCCCAGAGGGGGUUGGGCAGGCCCAGCCAUGGCCCUCUGUUCCAGGGGCCCCCCAGCAAAUAAGGGGGUCCAGGCCAUCGUGCUUCCAAGAUAGCAGAGCAAAGGUCCUGCGUCCCUUUGCGCGGUGCUUCUCUGAGAGCUUCUGCCCUGCUUGUGGCUUUUUUUUUAUGACUCUAAUUUUUUUUACUCAAAACCAGCUUUUUUUAUACAUGGCAAUUCCUGUGAACCAAGUGAAUGAGCCAGACUCCCCGACCCACAUUUUGGGUCCACGUAACCUUUGUCCUUCUCCUGCAUGAAUCUCCUAACCUGUGAAAAAGAAGCGCUAAUGAAUUAAACCAUACUGAUCACCUGCCAGAACGCGUGUGUUUAAGCAAAGCUCCGGCCACUGGCAACAGGGUCCCCCUCAGCAGGAGCCCUCCUGAGCCCUGACCACACCAGGUUUCAGUGUUGACACCUAGCCUGCUGCAGACUAAACCUCUGACCCUUUGCAAAGCAUAUGCUCCAGCCGUCUCCUCUGGACCUGGGCCCCUUCCCUGCUGAGGCAGGCAGUGUCAGCGGUGGCCUUGAAGCAGCCAGAGCUUGGCAGGCUCCUGGAAGCAGUGAGGAGCAGGCUCGGGAGAAGCAGCU